UAUUCGAUUAACAUCAUCUCUAUUGUCGAGGCUGGUCCCAACCGCAAGUCAUUCAAGGGAUCCACCCCUUUCAUUCUGAUAAUCGAGGACGAGGAAUCAAAUGCACCUCACCAGUUCCUGACAUUCAACAAGACCGUUCCCAGCAGCGGACAACGUCGUAUCACGGAAAAUAUCCGGGAAUAACAAAUUGGAUUCAAGUUGUUGAGGCAUGAUGAAGAGUGUGGCGCUUCUGUGUCUGCUAGCCAUUGCUCUUCUGGCCUCUGAGCCCGCAUGGGCUAAGAGGGGCAGCAGCAGCGGCGGAUCAAGGACCUCAUCCGCAAGCCGAACAAAAACGCAGUCUGGAAACCAAAAACCAAGUCGAUCGCCUUCGACUCCCAAUAGAAACCAACCCAACCCAUAUCCGGCCGGUGGGAGCUACCCUCACCCCCCUCCCAAACAGAAGCCAGCUCCUGGGAGUUACCCCGGGGGUGGCAGUUACCCUGGUGGAGGUAGUUACCCUAAACAGAACCCAGGAAGAGCCAAUCCCGCGGGCCAGCCUAACCAGAACCCUGCUGGUGGAUACCCCAACCAGAACCCAGCUGGUGGAUACCCCAACCAGAACCCAGCUGGUGGAUACCCCAACCAGAACCCAGGCAGGGCCAACCCGGGCUAUCCCAACCAGAACCCUGCUGGUGGAUACCCCAACCAGUACCCGGGCAGGGCCAACCCAGGCUAUCCCAACCAGAACCCUGGUGGAUACCCAGCCGCUGGGGGUUACCCUAACCAGAACCCGGCCCGAGGGUAUCCACCCCAGUACCCAGGCGGCGGCGGGUACCCAGUGGCCGGGGGCUACCCAGGAGGGUACCCGGUCCGAGGGGCUGGAGGGGCUGGAGGACAAGGAUGGGGUCAACCCGGUGGAUAUCCGGGCGGCGGUGGGUACGGCGGAGCAGGAGGGUACCCCGGUGGUGGAGGGGGGUACGCAGGAGGAGGAGCAGGCGGCUACCCCAACUGGAACCCCAACAAUAAGAUCCUCAGUCCCCGGUACGGCGGAGGAGGGUACGGCGGCGGCGGGGGACACGGCAUGGGAGGGGGCUCCCCGUUCUCGCACUCUGUCCAGAACAACGGCUUCAACCCGUCGCAGCAGUCCAGGGGCUUCGCCAAGAAGGCCAUGAUGGCGGCCGGCGUGGGGGCCGUGGCCGGCAUGGCGGUGGGCUACGGCCUCGGGCGUUUCCCCCGGCCCCACUUCAACUUCCGCAACCCGGAGGAGGAGAGGAACUACAACAGCUACAUGUACCGCCGCUACGGCACCAACUCCACGGACGAGGUGGACUACGGCCGCGACUACGCCUACAAGCCGCCGCCCCGCGCCCAGACCUACGACAGCUUCAUGGCCACCUGCAUGAAGCGCACGGACCUCCUGCAGGAGAAGACCCCCGGCCCGCAGUCUGACGAGGACCUGGUGGGCAUCGAGGCCAUCGGGUACCCGGCGCUGAUCGAUCAGGUGAAGACCCGGAUCUGCGUGGAGAACUACAUGGAGUACUCCGCGGCGUUCCUGAAGAAGGCCGAGCCGGAGCAGCGCUCGGAUCCCCGUCCCGGAGGCAGGGCGCCGCAGAACGCAGGAGGGCAGCAGCUGCCCGCCUCGCUCCUCAUGCUGCUGUGCAGCGUCUUCGUCCUGCACUGAGGCACCCCUCUCUAAACCCCCCGCCACCCCGUCUGUCACUCCUGUCCGUCUGUCACUCCUGUGUCGUCACUGUGGUCUCCCAUCGGUGCGUUGUCAAUACUGUUACUCGGUCCUGCACUCGUUUCAUAUCUAAUGUGUAUAUGAACACUCGUCGAUUUAAGCCCUGUUAAUCCAUCGACUGGAAAUCAUUUGGAUGGUACGUUUUAUUUACUUUUGAUAAUCGGGUUGAUCAUUUCUGUCGAUUUUCAAGUCAACUUCUCAAACAUGCUGAUGCUACAAAGUACGCAAUCAGUUAUGUCAUCAUCAGGGACUGUAGCUUUUGAUGAGCAUCUGCCGCUAAUUAUGUCAUUUUAAAGAAUGAUUUGUAAAUUAUUCAAAAGGAAUCAACAAUGACAUGAUCAUCAAUUUCAAUUAGAAAGGGAGAGAUGCUGUGUGUGCAUAUGAUUAAAGAUUUACUGAAGUUAAGUUUCAUGAAGUUGCACUAAAAUUAAACAGAAAUUAUUGAAAUUUCACUAGUAUAAUUUGACGAGUAUAAUUGUAGUAUAAUUGCACUUUUUAAAAGGAGCUUCUCUGCACUCCUUGUUUGUCGUACUGGAUAUUUUGCAGAUUUCAUGCUACAAGUGUAAUUGUUUCCUUUGGCUGUUCUAGUUAUCUCGUUCAUAAUAUGAUGAAUCACAUUGAAUGUUAUGUAUAUAUGCAUUUUGUAAUCAUUUGUCAUGGAUUGAUAUAUAAAUGGUAAAUGUUCUGCUGUUUAAAUAUCCUUACUUACAGAAAUGACUACUGCUUUUAAAGGCAUGCUGUGCAGGAUUUUUUCCUACUUUAUAACUAUUUUCAGUUGAAACACAAACAAACUAACUCUUAUCUGUCUAGCAUUGCACUGCUAAAUCUUAAUAAUUUGCUUUGCUGUCAACAGCCAUAUAAUACAAUGUUAUAAAACAAGUUAAGGAUUAGAAGUCAUUACUGACCAAAACAUUAUAGCCACAAACUGUUUUAUUAAGAAUACAAUAUGUAAGAGUGUCUGAUAAGAGACAUAAGUAAUUAAACUCUAACGCAUCCUCAGAAUUUACUUGAACUCACCUAACAUAUGAACUAACUUUUUUAAACCAUUCAUAAUAUCUCGGUACAAAAGUAGUUUGUCAGACCAGAACUGGAAUUGUUUUCUAAUGCCCUAUUAUGUUGUUGAACCUCUAGAAGUGCACUUAUUAUUCUUUAUUAAGGUGUUGCAAGUAGUGCUGUUGUUGAUCAUUUGUCGAGCAUGUAGACAUGUUUAUGAAUUUCUGGUGGCUCCUAUCAAGGGUAUUUUAUCUUAUGUAUGAAUUUUAAGUUUGCUAAGUUCACUGUUUUCCCUGCCUGCCUAAUAUAUAAAAUACUAAUAAAACAACAACAAAAAACGACA